AGCGGCUCGGGCGAAUUGAAGCGCCUAUCCUGCUGGCGCGGAGGACCAGGCGGCGCAGAGACAAGGAGCGAUAAAAGCGGACAGGAUGUUUGUCUACUUGAGCAAGAAGAUUACAAUCCCUGGUAAUGUUAGACUUAGAUCUAUUUGUUGGAGCAAAGAUCAAGGCUAUAUAGCCUGUGGAGGUGAAGAUGGUCUACUGAAAGUUUUAAAGUUAGAAACAAAAACAGAAGAAGCCAAAUUAAAGGGGCUUGCUGCACCUAGCAAUCUCUCAAUGAAUCAGACACUUGAGGGUCACACUGGUGCUGUGCAAGUAGUGACUUGGAAUGAACAGUAUCAAAAGCUAACUAGUAGCGAUGAGCAUGGACUUAUUAUAGUGUGGAUGCUGUAUAAAGCUGCUUGGUAUGAGGAGAUGAUCAACAAUAGAAAUAAAUCUGUGGUUAGAAGCAUGAGAUGGAAUGCUGAUGGGCAGAAAAUUUGUAUUAUAUAUGAAGAUGGCGCUGUAAUUGUUGGUUCUGUGGACGGGAAUCGUAUUUGGGGAAAGGAUUUAAAAGUACAACUUCACCAUGUUGCAUGGUCUCCAGAUGGUAGAACUCUACUCUUUGGAAUGGCCAAUGGAGAAAUACACAUUUAUGACAAAAAUGGAACUUUUAUGAUGAAAAUGAAAAUGAACUGCUUGGUGAAUGUAACUGGAGCAUUCAGCAUUGCAGGAAUCCAUUGGUACCCAGGAACAGAAGGAUAUGUAGAACCAGACUGUCCUUGCCUUGCAAUUUGUUUUGACAAUGGAAGAUGCCAAAUAAUGAGACAUGAGAAUGAUCAAAACCCUGUCUUAAUUGAUGCGGCUCUGAAUGUUGUGAGCAUCCAGUGGAACCACUGUGGCAACGUGCUGGCUAUUGCAGGCUUCCAGAAGAUACCUGUGCAAGAUAAAGAUAUAAAUGUUGUACAGUUCUAUUCUCCAUUUGGUGAGCAUUUGCGUACAUUAAAGAUUCCAGGGAAACAAGUAUCGGCUUUAUCUUGGGAAGGAGGCGGUUUAAAAAUAGCAUUAGCUGUUGAUCAGUGUAUUUAUUUUGCAAAUAUUCGGCCAGACUACAAGUGGGGUUAUUGCACUAAUACUGUAGUGUAUGCAUAUACCCGACCGGACCGUCCAGAAUAUUGUGUUGUCUUUUGGGAUAUAAAAAACAAUGAAAAAUAUUUGAAAUUUGUCAAGAGUUUAAUCUCCAUAACAACCUGUGGAGACUUCUGCAUUUUGGCAACUAAAGCUGAUGAAAAUCAACUGCAGUAUGUACUUGUUCUUUGUAAUUCCAUUGGCACACCCUUGGAUCCAAAAUAUAUAGAUAUCGCCCCACUGUUUGUUACAAUGACUAAAACCCAGGUCAUAGCAGCUUCAAAAGAAGCAUUUUAUAUCUGGCAAUACCGUGUAGACAAGAAGCUCACAGCAAUGGAAAUUAAUCAGGUAGCACGGACCAGAAAAGAAGGCAAAGAAAGGAUUUACCAUGUGGAUGAUAGUCCUUCUGGAGCAGGUGAUGGAGCUCUUGACUAUGCGAAGGUCCUGCAAGGAACAAGGGAUCCUAUUUGUGCAAUAACUGCAUCGGAUAAGACAUUGAUUAUUGGAAGAGAAUCGGGCACCAUUCAGAGUUACAGGCUGCCCAAUGUUGGUUUAAUUCGAAAAUAUCUCCUAAACUAUCGGCCCUAUCAAAUGUCCUUGAAUUGCAAGUCGAGUCGUCUUGCUAUCAUAGACAUGUUAGGAAUGCUGGUUUUCUUUGACUUGGAUACACGAGUAACAGAUGGUUCAGGAUGCCAAGGAGUUGGUGAACAACUCAAACUGGAACGCAGAGAUGUUUGGGAUAUGAAAUGGGCCAAAGAUAAUCCAGAUUUAUUUGCCAUGAUGGAGAAAACAAGGAUGUAUGUGUUUAGAAACCUGGAUCCUGAGGAGCCCAUUCAAACUUCUGGAUAUAUUUGCAACUUUGAAGAUUUAGAAAUAAAAUCUGUCUUAUUGGAUGAAAUAUUAAAGAAUCCUGAACACCCUAAUAAGGACUGCAUAAUACAUUUUGAUAUUAGAUCACUACGAGAUGCUCAGGCAAUUGUUAAAGAGGCAGGGAUUGCCGAAUCUUCCCAGUUCAUUGAAGAAAAUUCACAUCCAAGACUUUGGCGUCUGCUGGCUGAAACAGCUCUCCAAAAACUUGACCUUCACACUGCUGAGCAAGCUUUUGUACGUUAUAAAAAUUACCAGGGUAUUAAGUUUGUAAAACGCCUUCACAAUCUCCAGAGUGAAGCACUUAGGCAAGCUGAAGUGGCGGUUUAUUUUGGAAAAUUUGAAGAAGCUGAAAGAAUGUACUUGGACAUGGAUAGAAGAGAUCUUGCGGUUGACCUACGAAUGAAACUAGGCAAUGGGUUUCGAGUAGUGCAGCUGUUGCAAACAGGCUCAGGCCACGGAGACGACAGCCUCCUUGAACAAGCGCACAAUGAAAUUGGAGAGUACUUUGCAGACAGGCAGAAAUGGGCGAAUGCAGUUCCCUAUUUUGUACAAGGCAGAAACCAUGAACGUUUGGCUGAAUGUUAUUAUAUGCUGGAAGACUAUCAAGCGUUAGAAAAUUUGGCUAACUCGCUUCCAGAAAAUAACAAGUUACUUCCAGACAUAAGCCAUAAGUUUGUUACUGUGGGGAUGUGUGAACAAGCUGUAGCUGCCUUUCUGAAAUGUAACAGACCAAAGGAUGCAGUAGAUGUCUGUGUUAAUCUCAACCAGUGGAGUAAAGCAGUUGAACUAGCCAAGGAACACAAUAUGAAAGAGAUUGGUUCUCUUCUAGCUAGAUAUGCGUCUCAGUUAUUGGAAAAGAAUAAACCUCUCGAUGCUGUUGAACUAUAUCGUAAAGCCAAUUAUUUCUUUGAUGCUGCGAAACUUAUGUUCAAGAUUGCAGAUGAAGAAGCUAAAAAGAGGACCAAACCUUUACGGGUUAAGAAGCUGUAUGUCAUGUCGGCUUUACUUGUUGAACAAUACCAUGAACAAAUAAAAAAUUCUCAGAGAGGAAAAGUCAAAGGAAAGACUUCAGAGGCUACCUCAGCCCUAGCUGGCUUGCUAGAGGAAGAUGUUCUUUCCACAGACAGUCGCCUGAUCGAUAACGCUUGGCGAGGAGCUGAGGCUUACCAUUUUUUCAUACUUGCCCAAAGGCAGCUGUAUGAAGGUUAUGUGGAUACAGCAAUGAAAACAGCUCUUCACUUGAGGGAUUACGAAGACAUUAUUCCUGCAGUAGAAGUCUAUUCCCUGUUGGCUCUUUGUGCAUGUGCUAACAGAGCAUUCGGUACCUGUUCAAAAGCUUUUGUUAAACUGGAAUCUUUAGAAAAUCUUAGUCCAGACCAGAAGCAGCAAUAUGAAGAACUUGCCCUGCAAAUAUUCACAAAACACUAUCCUAAAGAUAGCAAAAAGUCAGACUUGGAUGGACUUCUCGAAGAGGGAGAAGGAAAGCUUCCCACAUGUGUUGCUACAGGAAGGCCCAUCACAGAAUAUCAGUUUUGGAUGUGCAAUAUAUGCAAGCACUGUGUCCAAGCUCAAGAAAUCAGCAACUAUAACUUCUGCCCACUCUGCCACAGUUCAGUGGCCUAUUAAAUUAUGCAGGUGAAAACAGCCAUCUGUGUCCUUUAAUCUCGGGGUACUUGAUAUAAACAAAUAUUUGCUUGCUUGAUUUAUUCUUUGCAAGAGCUUUGCAAUAUUUCUUUGCGCGAGCAUUAUAUUCUGUAAGUGAAGUAGAGCAUUUUUGGAAAAGAUUGUGGGGAAAACGGGGCUGUUUUUUUGUGGGAACGAACUACCGUUAAUAGUCUUGGCAAAAGUCAUGGUCACUUUUGCACUGACGUUCACAGUAAUAUGUGUAUAAAAUAAAUACAGGUAUGCCACUUUUUCAGCUCUUCGCUGAAAAGAUACCACAGUUUAGUCUACAAUUUUUAAAUAUGGGUACGUGACCCAAGUAAAAGGCAUGGGUUGGUUAUUGCUACACUUGAAGCACUAUCAAAAUAUUACAGUCUCUUUGAUCAGCUGUUUGGGCAUUGAUGGCAGAAAUCCAAGCCUUCUGAAAUAGCUUAGAUUUUACAUGCAGGGUUCUCGGUCAAAUUCAAGGCAUGACCUCUUCUGGGAAAAGUCUGGGAGAGAACUGUAACAAGAAGAAAUGCUUGAUUCAGAAUAUUCAAAGCCUGUUAGCCCUUUUGCUCCCUUUUUCCUGCUCUGACCCUUCCUUCAGCACUUUGCUUUUUCAUAAUAUUAUCUCCAAAAGCAGCAAAGAAUUGUGCAACAUUAACUACUGAAGUAAAACAGCAUAGCUAACAGUAAUUUUGUAUAAAAGCUGAGACUAAAUUCUUGAUCAGUUGAAUGUUUAAUAGAAAUAAAUUUCCUACAUGGAAAAGAUGAUCCAUUUGUACAUAACCACUUGCUCCAGAAUUUUGUUUAUGUUUGUUGCUUUAUAUGAGAAAAGAACUGUUUAUUUUUAAAGCAAUAUUUAUAUAAGCUACCUUUCUUUUCUGUAAUAAUACAGUAUUAUAUUUUUCCAUGAAGAAACAGCUGUCACUGUAGAAAACUAAACGAUAAAAUGCAUAAAUCAAAAUAAAAAGUGGUAUGGACAAAUACAUGGUUUAUUACAUAAAAUGUCAUUACAUAUAUCACCCUGGAAAUAAUUCAUUUAAUAAUUAAAAUAAUUUCCAGAUAUACUCUGAAUUUCCUAUUCUGUUUGUAUGUAUUGUUUGAGUUCAUUUUUCAAUAAAUUAAACAU